AUGAUGGAAAGCAUAAGCAAUUUUUCAAUUUCUCUUAUUAAGGGUUUUAUAGACAGUUUGCGAGGAGUAACUGUGUUGUUAUAUUUAGAUAAAGAAAUUAAUGAACGUGCUUUAAGCCGUUCUCCUCAACCCGAAUUUGAAGGCACAAGACACAAACAAAAGCAGCCUAAAGUCAAGCAAGAAUCAAAAGUACUUACAAGAGUAGUACAGUCAUGUAUUUUAAAUGGAUUUAUAUUUCUGCUGAGCAUACUCGUCUUUGAAUAUGCCUUAUUACCAGCGGUAAAAUACCUAGUUAUAGCUAUUUUUGGGCAUAAUCCAGGUGUUGCUUAUAGUGUUUGGUCAUGGAUCCAACCAUUCCUUUCAAUGACUUUCCGGAUGAUAUGGGUGUUGCCUCUAUUCUUGCUGAGCAAGUUGGUAAACAGUCUAUGGUUUCAAGAUAUAGCAGAUUCUGCAUAUCGGCACAGACGGGGCCGGCCACAGUUCAUGUCAAGUGUCAGUAAGAUUAUAGCAGAUUCACUCUUCAGUCUGUUGGUGCAAGCUUUAUUUUUAGUCCAGAGCAUGCUAGUCAGUAUGUUACCUAUCACAUACAUCGGUGAGCUCCUAUGUCUAGUCCAUAUGUGCCUAUUGUACUCACUGUACUCCUUCGAGUACAAGUGGUUUAACAUGGGCUGGGAGCUGCACAAGAGGCUCACUUAUAUUGAGACUAACUGGCCUUACUUCCUCGGCUUUGGAUUGCCAUUAGCCGUAUUGACACAAAUACCACAAUCUUAUAUCAUCAGUGGUUGCGUGUUUUCAAUAUUUUUCCCUGUCUUCAUAUUGAGUGGGAAUGAGGCAACACCCGUCACUGGCAGUGAAUACCCACUACGUCUUUUCUCUCCGGUGGUUGCGAUAUCAAACGGAAUGUUCCGUUUUGUCCGGCAUAGCGCUGACGUCAUGGACAAGACUAGGUGA